UUUUUCACACUUCAGAACGUUGGUUUUUAUCUCCCCGAGUCCGCAAUUAAUCUGUCGGAUUAUCUUCGCCUCCAGAGGCUCGGGGCCCGAUUUCGUUUGCAUUCCCUCUCAUUUAUGACGAACGUACAUUAUAUCCUUCACAGCCGAUACGUUUCGCGCCAUGCCACAAGCACAAUCCAUUAUUCGGUUUUUCAUGUGGCCGUUUAGCUCUGAACUGUGCUUGUUUUUGACACUCUCUUCGCUUUCAUUAAUUUUAUGUAUACUGGAAUCAGUGUGGUUUCCGGAUACCGUGCCUGAGGACUCAGUUAAUGUUCCAGACGUGGAUGGCACUCUAGGCAAUGCAUCCGACGUUGACCCAACAGAUUUCGACCGUUCCUCUGCGGAGGCGAAGUCAUUCUUGUUCUGGAGUGUUAACACAAAGAUAUUCGUCUCGGCAGUAUUGUGUCUCUUCGGUGCGACCUUUAUUGCCGGAAAAACACUGUAUUGUGUUUUCUUUGGAAAGCUUGCAGAGACGGAAAAGAACCAGUUGACUCGAAUGCUGUUCAAAUUUGUUUUCUUGCGUUUUGUCAUACUUUCCGGCGCUAUAAGUGUUUCCAGUCUAUCAAGCUUGUUCGGAUGGCUAUUCUGGUUCGCUGGACUCGGACUCUUGAGGUCUUUUGCAGCCAUAGCGGCUGUUCGAACAACACAGUUUUAUGCCUCUUCCCGAAUUUCUCAGUUGGAGUGGAUUCGCAUUUUCUCCGUCCUCACCUUUCUUGGGAUCGGUAAUGGCUUCUUGUUGAAAAUGGGACUUUCCUAUCGUGCCUUACUGGCCGAUAGCGGUGUAUAUUCCAAAAUUUCAUCUAUGGAGAAUCGACUACUUACGGGAGCCCUGAAGCCACCCACUGCUCUUGGAGUUCUCAUCUCAAAAGUAACGGGGAACAAGGAAGCAUCAUAUAACACGGUCGAUAUUGUGGCCUACAUGGUGGCCGAAUCAGUCCUUCUUUUUUCCUCUACGAUGCGAUUGUUUGGCGAUAUGACAAUUCAGGCUUAUGAUCGGUGGAAAUUGUCUUCCGGCGGGAGUUGGCCACAACAGGCCUUAGUUUCGUAUUACCUAGAUUUUGUUCACGUGGUUUUCUACCACACUGCGGAAAUUCUGCAUUAUCUUCAUCUGCUUCUUUGGAGUCGAAUCUUCUCGGUGGCUAGUCUCAUCGUUUUCCUUCACACCCGAUCUACCUACUCCAUGUUGGCAACGCGUAUUCGUCGGCACAUGUCAUAUCGGAAGCUCGGUAAAUUUAUAGCGGAAAAGUUCACUUUGUGCAAAAUGGGUGUACCAGUGUCGGAUCGCGAAAAAACGAAUUCCGUCGAUCUACCGCCUGAAAAUACAGGAGAGAUUUCGAACACAAACGAGGAAACCCCUGAGGAGGAUCCAACGGUGUGCGCAAUUUGUUGGGAACCCUUGGUCGUUUGGCGGCGUCUACCUUGCCGCCACGAAUUUCACGAGUUCUGUCUCCGGAAUUGGUUGGAACAAAACUCUACCUGUCCUACUUGCCGUCGUGAACUUGGUACCCCAACAGUACCCUCGCAAUCCGCUCGAAGCGCACAGCAAGAUCAGGUUGCUCUUGGACUGCUCCUUCGCAACUUAGUUCGUCGUGUGGACACCAGAAUCAAUCAGCAGCGUCCUCUGAAUACCCCAGCCCCUCCCUUUCGUCCCGGAAUGGCUCCACAGGUUGAUCGUUUCGGCGGAGUUGAGAACCCCGUCCGUAGUCUUUUUGCUGCAACCGUUGGACUGAAUCUGGGUGUCAGCAUAGGUUCGGCGCCGAUCGUCUCGGCGGCUGCGCAGGCAGCUGCUCGCGACGCUGUCCCCGGCGGCACAUCAUCCAGGAACAUCUCGUUGCCCGCCGCAUACACUCCACACCAAUCCGCGGGUGGACCCAUCACUACUGCGGUGCGCUCAACUAGUUUGCCGGCAGCAACCCAAAAUGUACCUCAACGUGAUGAAGAUGUGAACACGGAUCCGAACUCUCAAGUUUUGCGCCGGUCGUUUCACUUCGAUGGCUCACGUUACUUUUCCUGGCUGCCUUCCCUUCAUGUUGAGCUUUCCGAGGUUAUUCGUGAAGUGUUUGCCAGUGGAAGUACGGACCAGGUGACCGAGCAAACAGCUGCUACGGCAGAACAGCGAAACUCCGCCUUUCCUUCUGUCGAGGAGCAAGAUGUUAAUCGGUCCGAGUUAACUGAUACCUUCGAUGCGGAGGCUUAUGAGCUCAUUCGACUACCAUCCAACUUGCGUGUGGCGGCCCAAGAAAUAUCUGCAAUGUUCCCGCAAUUUCCUCUUUCCGUUAUCGUCGCUGACUUGCUGGCGACUGGUCUGCCCGAAGUUACUGUAGAGAAUCUGAUUCAUCGUCCCAUUCAACCACAACCAAGAGGAUCGGUACCAGGGGUUCGUGUACUGCAGGCAGGUCCACUGAGGCAGUCUACUCCGCCAGAAAUUCAAGAGGAUCCGCUUCAGUCCCACACUGUUGAUGACCAGUCGACCGGAACCCCUUUGGCUCUACAAAGAAGGUCAUUACUUGACAGAGCACGGCAGCGCUUCCUUGCCCGUGACGAGGUUUCGCCACCCUAGCAACUGUUACUCAAUCGAUCUUGUUUCAUGCUAUCCUGUCUGUGAUCUCCAGGCAUUAAUUGGGAAAAUUAAGCGCGCUCUACGUACCCACCUUGUUUGCUGUAUCCGGCCGCACAAUUCUAGCUUCCGUUGUUUUUCUCCUUUGGGUUAUAUUUUUUGUACUGGGAUCACACAUUGUAGUCCAUGUCAGCUGCCCUGCCCAUCAAUGUUAUCAUCACAUCGAGCUCUCAGUUUUUCCCCGUUUCUUGCCGCGUUUCAUACUCCGCUUUUGAUUUUUUUCACAUUCCGCUUCCCUCAGUACAUUGCUUUACCCCAUCUCCAAGUCAUUCAAGUUUGUCCAUGCCUGAUCUCCUUCCUUCUUAAAUUCCAUCCAAUGUGACCAUCUGGAGUUAGUUCUCCAUUGAACUCUGAUUGGUCUGACCCUCACGGUAACGAAGAAACCUCUCCGUAACUGUUUAUACCGUAUGUCAGUGAAACGGUCAAGGUUCCAUACAGUUCCUCAGCUACAGCUGUGCCCGUAAUCUGUGUGUAUACUUUGAGAGUAUGACCAGGUGAAUCGGUCUCAACAGCAACUUUCAGGGCUCCGUUUGUGCCGUAAUCUCCCAGUUUCAACCAUUCUGUCGCAGAAUUGUUUACGUGCCAGUAUACAAGUAUCCUGCAG